GGGAGCGGCGGCGCUGCUGCAGGGCCGGUGGGGAUGGGGCCGGUGCGGUGUGAGGCGCCGGUAGGGAUGGGCUGGCAGGGCCUCACACGGAACAGGCGGCGGAGGAAACAGAGGGAUUCCACAGCAUCCCUUCUAAUUGGGACGGCAGACAGGCUGCGGCUUGCCUGCUAGUGGGUUACGAGGGGAAGCAGCUGUGGUGCGGCAGGGGAACCGAUUAAGGGCAGAUUUCAGCGCUGGGAAAGGCAGCCGGGAGUGCUGGGCCGGGGCUCGGCGCGGCUCUCAGGGCCGGCUCAGACGGUGGGACAGCGCUGGGAGCCAGGAGCUGCUGCUCCAACUCUGUGUGUGCUCCAUAGCAGCACAGUGAAGUUUAUUUAGUGCCGACUCUGUGUGUGCUCCAUAGCAGCACCGUGAAGUUUAUUUCGUGCCGACCCUGUGUGUGCUCCAGGGCAGCACAGUGAAGUUUAUUUCGUGCAGGUGUCCAUCACAUGGUUUGAGGACCUGUAAUGAAAUGAAGCUGUGGAAAAUGUUUUGUUUAGAUUUUAAUUUGUUGCAUUUUUCUUCUUGCGUUUCUGUUCUCAUUAAAAAUAAAUGAAAGGGGAGUGCCAAGAAGUAGAGUUUGCUCUAUUAUGAGGCAGAAUUGUUUCUGUGAAAGGAGGGAUGACGGUCAUGCUUCUGGAAGAGGUAUUGUCAAGCUUAUUUACCCAGUGGAAAGAGGAUAUGUUCUAGAUGUGUUCUGGCAAUAAUAGCAGUAAUCCAUCAGAAAAGAGCAGACUGUUGCAAACUAAACAACUAAACCAACAAGUGUGCCUGUUUACAUCAUCUGCUGAGCAGUCAUUUGGUAGAAUGGCCCAGGAGUUCUAAUACCUGCCCUCCAUAGCUGAAAUAGGAUUUUUCUGAAACAAAUAGUAAUUAAUGGCUGGGUUGGAAACUGUGGCUCUUGAGCUGCUAUUUUAUGGAAGUUAACACUUUAGGGUGUAGUCUGUGUAGUAGGAAUGAUGGAUGGUCUGCUGGGCAAAGCUGGGGCUAGGAAGCAUCAGACUGAUGCUCUUGUCCCUGUCAUUUAUCUUCUGUGAGUCCUCAAGCAGCUGAAGUCAAACCCAAGCUUCCCCUCUAUGAAAUUUACUGUUUUUCUCUGCAGUGAGGUUAAAGUGCAGUGAGAGAUUGCAAGGCACUGGGAAUUGUUGUAUGCAUUAAAGACUUAAGUGGGUCUCGGUUGAGUCAUCUUUGUGGUUCAGAUUUGACUUCAGGAGGAUGCUUUGUGGAAGAGAAUGGAUGGGAAGAACAACCAUCUAGUCUGGAAUGAGUGUGGAAGCCUUUAUGAUAAUGCCUUUAUCCUAGCCAAAUUCAACAACAGGUUUUUCCCACCCUCUCUUUAACCAGUGCUGUUUGUAUUUUAUAUUGCAGUGGUUGCUAUGCUCUUUUCUGUGAACAGCCUCUCUAUUAACAGAGCUCCUCAUCCUCCAUCUAGAGGUGGAGUGAGUCUAACAGUACCUGUGCUGCUGCCUGUGUGCCAGGGGUCUUCUCCUGUGUUAUUCAUCCCAAGCUUCUCAUGCUGUUUUCUCUUCUAAAAUAGAAAUGACACGGUGCUGUGGGCAAUGUGUUGCAUGCUGUUGUCUCUCAUGCAUCAAGCAAGAUGAUGAUUCUGAGUCAUUGCUGUAGAGCUAAGCUGUUCCUUACAUGCCCUGAGCUUUCCAGCUGUCCUGAGGAAUCACAUUGUGCAAUCAAUUUAAGCACUGCUGGAGCAGGAACCAACUGAAAAUGUCUCAGAAUCCUGACAAACUAAAUUCAAGUGAAGAAAAGUUGAGUGCUUUGGAGGAUGAUGAGGAGGAGAGCUUGGACAACUCGGAUCGGUCUGUCCGAAAAAGAAUACGACAGAGUGCUCCAGGGUCACACAGAGAUGAUACACCCAAGUCCAGUCCCUCUCGGCCUGUGUCCAUAGAAGAGCUCAUGGAGACAGCAAAGGGAGUCACCAACAUGGCUCUGGCACAUGAAAUUGUGGUGAAUGGAGACUUUCAGAUAAAACCAGCUGAAUUGCCAGAACACAGCUUAGAGAAGAAAGUCAGAGAUAUUGUGCAUAAAGCUUUCUGGGAUUGUCUGGAAGCUCAGCUGAAGGAAGACCCCCCAACUUACGAUCAUGCAAUUAAGUUAUUGGGAGAAAUUAAAGAGAGCCUUCUGUCAUUCUUGUUGCCUGGACAUACUAGACUGAGAAGCCAGAUUACAGAAGUUCUUGACCUGGAUUUGAUAAAACAGGAGGCAGAGAAUGGGGCCCUUGACAUUUCUAAGUUGGUCAAAUUUGUUAUUGGGAUGAUGGGGACUCUCUGUGCUCCAGCUCGAGAUGAAGACAUUAAGAAACUGAAAGAUAUUAAUGAAAUAGUUCCUCUUUUCAGAGCAAUUUUCUCUGUAUUAGACCUAAUGAAAAUGGAUAUGGCAAACUUCGCUGUCAGUAGUAUUAGGCCAAAAUUAAUGCAGCAGUCUGCUGAAUAUGAAAGAAAGAAGUUUCAGGAGUUUCUUGAGAAACAGCCAAAUUCUUUAGACCUUGUCACAAAGUGGUUGCAAGAAGCAGCAGAUGAUCUUGCAAAGCUGGGACAUGAAAUGUUGCCUCCUCACUGUAAUGAUGGUGCCACUGGUGGGGCUUCUGCCUUGUGCUUCACUGCUGUACAAAACCAGGCCUAUCUGAAGCUUCUGAAGUGGGAUCACGUGAACAGGCCUUUUCCAGAAACGCUGCUCAUGGACCAGACACGCUUCCUGGAGAUGCAGCUGGAGCUGGAGCAGCUCCUGGUGGUGGGGACAGUGCUGCUGGUCACGUUCAGUGCAGCAGGCCCAGCUCUCAUCGACGUGCCUGGAUUCGCCGACAGAAUCAAAACCAUCGUCAAGGUGCUGCUGACAGGAAUGCAUCUCCCCUCCUUUAACCUGAAGGAGUCCCUGGCCACCGUGGGUGAGAAGGUGUGUGCUGAGGUGAACAGCUGCCUUUCCCAGCAUGGCUUUACCCCGUUCUCAGCUGAGAGAGAGGCUGUGCUGAAGGGGCAGAUCCAGGCAGUGGCCAGCCCUGAUAACUCCAUCUCCAAGCUCAUAGAUUCUCGAAUUCAAAAGUUUCUGGAGAAUUAUCUUGCAUCCAGUCACCAGAAAUCAUUGCCUGCCAUUCCUGGAGGAUUAGGCCCUAUUCAGAGGGAGCUGGAGGAGAUUGCUGCCAAGUACAGUCGUCUUGUCAACUACAACAGGAUGGUCUUCAGCCCUUACUAUGAUGCAGUCCUUGGCAAAAUACUGACUAAGGAAGAAUCUCAAAUUGUAGGGAAGUCAGAAGAAUCAUAAAACCACUCUGUGUGCUAUCAAUACAGUAUUGUCAGCUAUUAAAUAAAACUUGUACCAAUAUUUGUCUAGGAAAACAGCUUUCCGUGUAAAUACUGGUUCCUUUUAACCCACGAGUGCUGACUGGUGAGGGAAACACAGGAGAUGGCAAAAGGGUUCUGAGGUAAAAGAUGAGAGAUGCAUUUCUAAUAUAAUUAUGCAACCUGGGUAAGGGGAUAUCAUGGGAGUUUUCUGGCUGCAAUUUUUAGAUAUUUGAGCUGGUGAUAGGUAGGGCAUGUUUAAGAAUCAAACUUUUUAUUUAAGUGGCUCAUUUCAGGGCAUUUAACUUUUAAUUUACAGUGAACUUAGUUUAAUUUAUCCAGAGCUGAUUAGCAAUGGUUCUUCCCGGAAGGGGUGAUUUGGUUUUUAAAAAAAAUCUUACUUUAAAGAAUUAAUUAAGUUAAAAUUCUAAAAAUGAACUUUACCAGACAAAACACCAAGCCAAGCAGCACUUUACUGUAACAUUAUGGUGAGUAUGGUAGGCUUACUAGUUUUUUCUGUAUUUUACUGCAUUUUUAAUAGCAUUUUUUUGCUGUUUACCUGCAGAUGUUACAAAACAUAAUAUAUUUUUGUAGCAAAUUUUCUGGUUAUUGGGUAACUGUCCUCUGCUAUGUACAGUACUCCCAGAGGUGGCAAUCUUAUAGAUUGCAGCUGUAUUUAUAUCUUGUAAAGAUUUCAGAAAGGGCAGAGCUAAAACAUUUUGAUAAAAAUAGCAUUUCUUACCUUUUUUUUUUUUUUGCUAGUAAUUUACUCCUUUUUAGGUGAAAUACUAAUUUUAAAGUAAAUUCUCAUUUGCAGAAGGUGGAUUUAAAGUGUGUGAAACUUCAGGUUGAAAAUUUUGGGCUUUUUUAAAAACUACAACAGGGGAUGGUUGCAUAUUCAAUCAUGUCUUCAAAAAUGUCAUGUGCAGAGCACUGUGGGCAGUAUAAGUAAUUUUCAUGUACCGUGAGAGGUGAAUGGUUUGAUGUUAGUUUGAAUAUACAGGGAAUAUUUUAGUAGAUUUUUUUCACUUUCUAGAUGUGUUCUUAAAACUUAGAAUAUUUGUAGGUCUCGAAUUUAAUAAGCUACAUGUUGUAUAGAGGAGAAGAGCCCAGUGAUCUUACAUUGCAAUCUCAGGCUCAGCUGAGAGGUAAGUGAAAUUUUCCUCUGGUUGAGCACAACUGUGUAUUACAGUAAUCAAUAUUUGAUGGUUUUGUGAAAGAAAAGUUUGUAGCUACUCACAGUAAGUGGCCCAGGUAUGAGGUUGUCCAAACCAGAACGUGCUGUCUUUCAAAAAAACAGCAAGGUAUGUUAGAUAAAUGAGUGAAGGGCCCUUGUAUUGCCAACAGGCAGGUUAAUUUAGGAGUCAGCCAAACAGAACUUGCAGAAGCACUUGAUUAGGAUCCUGUUGAUGCUUCCCUUUCCAGUUUCCUUUGAAUGUCAGUGUGGAUAAAGCUGCAUCAACUUUGUGUUUGGAGGGGGAUGGAAGAAAUAAGACCUUUUUUUUUAUAUUAGCCUAUGCAACUCUAAACCAAAUCUUUUCUCAUUCAUUACAAAGCCCCUUCCCCAAGGGAAAAACCCAGCAAAACCCUGUGAGAGUUCAUCAGCUCAGACAAGUGAUUUUUCUCUUGGCCAAAUGAAUGUCCAAGUCCUUCUCUGAGAACUCAAAAAUGAGGUUGGUUAGCCAGAAAAAAAAAGGUUCUGAGUAGGGUCUAUUUCAUUGUUUGGAUCAGCAAAGGAUUCUACAGAGGCCUUCAAGGCUGCUGCCUCAGCUUGCUGGGCUUUGCCAUUAGAGCAGGCUCUGCUCACAUCACAGCCUAAAGCUCUGCAGCUGCACCAACUCCCUCAGCCUGUGCUCAAUGAGCUACCAGAACCAUCACUGCUGGAGCUAGCACCAGGACAGAUAACCAAGGCACAGCUGUUUCCAGCUUUCCUGAAUGAGAGCUGCACAAGUGAGAAAUUGCUGCUGUUAUCAAUAGUCCUGCCUAGGAGCUGCCUUUAGAGGCACAGGGUUAGGUGAGGUACAGGACGAGCUUGAGGCUGUGGGGAGGAGCAUUGUGGUGGGACAGGUACCCAGAAAAGCCCUUGAAAGGUGUGUGACUGGUGGCAGGCUGCAGGGCACUGCUUUAGCUGUGGAUAAAAGCCUAUCUGAGGAGAUGGCUGCUCCCAGGGCUGGGAUUCAGGGGUCAGGGCCCAGAAGUGCCAUGGCAGCAGGGACUGUGCUGCCAACAGUGCUCACAGGGCCCACACAGGGAAUCCCAGCUCUCCUCACAGGAUGGGUUUGAUCCUAAGCCUUUGUGUAGCAGAAAGAUCCUAGAAUGAGGGAACAGAGUGCAGUACUCACCUGGCUCCACUCUCACCUCCACACAAAGGAACAAAUGUCCCUGGCACAAGUGCUGGGGGCCUUUCAACAGGAACGAUCUAAAGGAACUGCAGCAACUUCCCACAAGUGCAAGGUAAUGAUUCUCCUAGGUUGUUCUAUUUAAGGAGAGUGUUUGACAAACAAUUUCUCUACAACCUCUCUAAAAGAAACAGGGAGCUGCAACUGAGUGGCAAAGCAAGGAGGACAUUCCAGGAUGGCUAAAGCCAGCCCCAUCUCCAGGGGCAGGUGCUGCUUCCCCCUUGCCCUGGCAGAGAGGAGCCCUGAGGCAGCUGUGCUGGGGUGAGAAUGGCUCUGGUCUGCCCCAGGCUCUGACUGUCCUCCAGUCCAAGGGGUUCUUAGAUCUUAUCAAUCUUAUCACAGCCAAUUCCAAGUUAAAAGCUGAAAUAGGCAUAGAAACUGCUUGGAAAGCUCACAUAGUGUUGCUUUAGCUUGUUUGAAGAUUACAAGUGCAACGAUGUAGCUGAUUAUUAACAUUUAGCUUUGUACAUUACGUGGAAGAGCAGUGCAGGUAUCCAGGGCCAGGCUGUGUGAGCCAGUGCUCCUGGACUACCCACACUGAACUGAGUUAGUCUUACGAUGCUGUCUUCUUCAAACAGUCCUGGAAUUACAAGCCAAAGUGUGCUGUAUCCUCUAGAAAAUGGAAACCAAGCUCCAUUCUAAUAUGUAUGCUCUGAAUUUCCUGUGAUGGUAUAAUUAGCAUUGCUUUUGAAGUGGCUGAGUAAUAUUUAAGAAGUACCUUGUUGUGUUUGAAUAAAACCAGAAUGAGGCAUGA